GCAAGAUUACACACAUAGCUCAAAAUAUUUGCAUCCCUAUAUAUUGUGUAUCAACUUCUAGCAAUAUGACAAAACUCAUUGUGAUUAUCGCCAUCACUGGCAAUGAGGGCUCUUCUGUUGCAAAUGUCUUCCUCAACGAUGGUGGAUGGAAGAUAAGGGGUGUUACUCGAGAUCCUUCUAAGCCUGCAAGCAAAGCUCUCGCUGCCAAGGGCAUUGAAAUAGUCAAGGGAGAUGUAGACGAUGUCGACUCCAUCAAGGCUGCUGUCCAAGGGGCUUCCAUUGUGUAUGGAAACACCGCGUUCUCAGAGGCAUUCUCAAACCCAGCUGAAGCACAUGUGGCCAAGCUUUCAGCAGGCCAGACUCUUCGAGAGUGGUGUUAUGAGAAGGAGCUGCAGCAGGGGAAAAAUAUCGCUGAUGCUGUCGCCACAGUAGAUAAUCUCGACUUGUUCGUUUGGUCUUCCUUAUCAGCCGCGACAAAAUGGAGUGGAGGAAAGUAUAAGGGCGUCUUCCACUUCGACUCAAAGGCGCAUGUAGUCGACUAUAUCAAUAGUGUACACCCACAACUGGCCAAGAAGAUGUCGAUUCUCCAGAUGGGCCUAUAUGUCACCAAUUGGAAAUGGGGUCAGUCCUCUGUUCCUUGGGAAAAGCGCACGGAUGGGUCGAUGAUACUGCGAGUCCCUGGUAAUGGUGACGUUCCAAUCCCUCUCGUUGUUCCCUCCGACGCAGGUCAUUUCGUCAAGGCUCUCACAAAGCUACCAGCCGGUACAAAUCUCAUGGCCUUCGGUGAUCGACUUACCUGGUCCGACUAUGUCAAGCUUUGGAGCAAGGUCACAGGCGUCCCAGCCACCUUUGAAAAGACGACGGUGUUGGAGCACUCUAAACUCGCACCAGGGGGGUACGGGGAAGAGAUCGCCGAGAUGUACGCAUAUUCCCAAGACUUCGGCUAUGAUGGUGGUGAUCCGUCCAUCAUUACCGUCCAACAACUCGACUUCGAUGUCCCGGUAACUAGAAUUGAGCAGUACAUCAGAAACGAGGAUUGGUCUCCGCUCUUGCUACCAAAAGUGGCCUAGAUAUGGAAGAUAUCCGAAU